GACUGUGGGACCUGCAGGCUGCGAGGGAACCUCGUCCGGCUGGGUACCGGGAGCUGGUGGUUAUCGUCAUCAUAGUUACUAUUGUUGUUUUAAUCUGCAAAGCAGGCCAAGGGGACUGACACCAUGCAGCGUGCGGAAGAGCCCAGGACCCCGCCCGCCUCGAACCCGUGUGGGUGCGUGAAACCGGCUUUAGAAACAGGUAAUAUUUUAACUGAACCAAUUGGUUACAUAGAGUCAUGUUUCUCAGCUAAGAACGGUACACCGAGGCAGCCAACCAUUUGCAGUUUGUCACGUGCUUGUUUGAGGAUACGAAAAAGUGUCUUUAACAAUCCUGAACAUUCCGUAAUGGGCUUAGAACAGUUUUCCCAUGUUUGGAUUUUGUUUGUUUUUCAUAAAAAUGGUCAUUUAAGUUGUAAGGCUAAAGUGCAGCCUCCUCGGUUGAAUGGUGCAAAGACUGGAAUCUUCUCCACGAGGAGUCCCCAUCGCCCUAAUGCCAUUGGACUUACCCUUGCCAAGCUGGACAAAGUAGAAGGAGGAGCCAUAUACCUCUCUGGAAUUGACAUGAUAAAUGGUACACCUGUUCUGGACAUAAAACCAUAUAUAGCUGACUAUGAUUCACCACAGGAUCUGAUUGAACCUUUAGAUGAGCUCAGUUUACAAGAAGGGGAACGGAAAGACUCGAUCAACCCAGCUGGUAAUCAUGAGCAGCAGCAAAGAACAGAGGACUUCCGGCCUCAGUAUUGCAAUACAGAGGAGAAACACCCUGAAGGCCAAAGGGCAGAAGAAAAGUAUCUGAAGGAUAAAGACUCAACAGAAGUGAAAUGCCUGUUAAGUAAGGGUGGGAGCACAGCAGCAGAUUGUAUUUUAGAAACAAACACAAAUGAGAGUUCAAGCAGAGAUGGAGGACAGACUGACUGGCAGCAGCCAAAGGAAGAUAUAGACAGUGGGCUAAGUGCAGUGGAAGGAGAUGCAGCCACACAAGGAAACAGCUUGGGGACUCAGCACCCUUCCAGCGCAGGUGUCUCAGCCCCUGCCAGUUGUGUUCCAUCCUGGGUGAAAGAUUCUCCUGUGACUACUUUACAGGUCCGGUUUACACCUCAUGCCGAGAUGGAUCUUGAACACUUUAGUUCAGAAGGGGAUACAGUGGAUACGGCACAUAUCACUUGCUGGUUUGGUGAUGGGUUUGCAGAAGUGCUAAGGAUCAAGCAUACUGACCCUGUUGAAAACACAGUUUGGCAGUGUUCAUUACAGUCAGCUCCAUCUUAGGUAAUGAGGAACAGGUAAAUCUGCCCUAUGGACUGAAUCUGAUCAUCUUGUGGAAUGACUCCGUGGGGAGGAGGCCUUUGGGCUUUCCUUCUUUCUUUCUUUUCCCCUUCAUCUGGCUCCUUCCUGGACUUGUUUACAUUCAGAUCUCAACUCUCUGUUUUUCUCUUGACUCUGGAAUAGUCCAGGGUGGAGUCAGGUGCCCAGGGAUAGUAGUGGUGAGGAUGGAGAAGGAGGAUAAACCUUCCGCACUUCCUCUCUCGGCUUCUAAUAUUGCCAUUGGCUCCCCUAGUUUCAGUACUGACCUUAACAGUAGAUGGCCCAUAGGGUAGCCUCUCACCCUAACCCAGACACCUGUUCUGUAAAGAAAGCAAAGAUGGAACGUCUGUGGGAAGGGGCUUAUUAUACCCUGACU